CGAACGCAAACGGAUCCCCACUCCUGGCGUCCCGCGCUCCCCGUCCACGGCCACUCGUUCCUCACCACCACCACCAGCCACCGCCCACCGCUCACCGCCGGCGUACGAAAUGCUGUCCGCGUCCCUGAAGCCGCCGCCCUCCCUCGCGGCGAUCUCCCCGUCCUCCCGCGCCCCCGCGCCGCCCGCCGCCUCAUUCCCUUCCCUUCUUCCCAGCCGCGGCCGGGUCCGCCUCUCGGCGGCCGCGUCCGAGGGCGCCACCGUCAGCCAGGAGGACGACGCGUCCGUCUCCGCCGCGUUCGAGGAGGCGCGCCUGGCCCAGUUCGCGGCGGACUGGAAGGCUGUGCGCGCAGACAAGGAACAGGGGAAGAUCCUCACGCUGCCGGUGCUGCGCUCAAACACCGGCGGGCUCAUCCUGAAAUACAACUCCAUGCAGGGCUUCGUGCCCAAUCCUCUCCUCAGCCCCGCCCAUUGGUGUAAAGAUCCCAAAAGGCCCAUUCAAGAUGUUACAAAGGACCUAGUAGGUUCCUCUGUUUCUGUCAAGGUAGUUGAAGCAAAUGAGGCAGAAAAGAAGCUUGUAUUCUCUGAGAAGGAUGCCAGUUGGUCAAUGUACUCUUCUCAAGUAAAGAUUGGCGGUACCUAUGAUGGAAUUGUUGGUUCUGUCUUCCACUAUGGUGCAUUUGUUCACCUGCGAUUUCCUGAUGGAAAGUAUCAUCUCACUGGUCUCGUACAUAUCUCUGAGGUCUCUUGGGAUCUUGUCCAAGAUGUCCAAGAUUUUCUAACUGAAGGCGAUAUCGUCAAGGUCAUAGUGGUGAAUGUUGAUGCGGAGAAGUCAAGGAUUGGUUUAUCAAUCAGGCAAUUGGAGGAAGAUCCUCUGCUGGAGACAUUGGACAAAAUUAUUCCUUUGGAACCCGACCUAUCACCUGAUUCUGAGACCGCAUCAUCUCCUCCAGAAAUUGAACUUCUUCCAGGACUUGACGGUAUAUGUAAUGAACUUCUACAAGAGGACGGUAUAACAGAUGUGCGGUUCGGGCGGCAGGCUUUGGAGAAACGUGUGGUUUCACAAGAUCUAGAGCUCUGGCUUUCUAGCGUGCCAGCUAAGGACAACCAGUACAAGCUUCUUGCUCGAGCUGGGAGACAGGUCCAGGAAGUGUACCUGACGACGAGCCUAGACCAGGAGGGCGUGAAGAAGGCGGUGCAAAGAGUGCUAGGACGCGUUCCCUGAGCUUUCCUGCCUGAAGGUUCCCAGCCAGUUCCCUAACUAAGCGACCACACUAUACACACUGAAGCCUAAACGACAGUUCGUCGACACGCAUGGUGCUGAAACUCCAUUCCUCCCAGGUGGAGACCGAGAGUUGUACAUUUUUGCAGCACUGCAAUGAGUAGGUAGGCGCGGCAAUCACCUGGCUGAACCAACUGAACCCUCUGGGAGUUCCCGUGUAUAUGUAAAUAAAUAUAAAUACGUACGUUUGCUAA